GGCCGCCCCGCUCCCAGCCGCUCCCAUCCCAUCCCAUCUCAUCCCAUCCGCUCCGCGCAGCCGGCCGGGAGGGCGGGCGGACGGACGGAGCCCCGGCAGCGCACCGGCGGUCACGGCGCUGGGGAGCGGCCGCUCCCGCGGCGGCAGCGCGCCCGGAGCGGAGCGGAGCGGAGCGGGGCUCGGCUGGCGGCGGGGAUGCGCGGGAGCGGCGGGCAGCCCUGCCCUGCCCUGAGCCAGCACCGGUAGGAUCCAGUGCUUUGCUCCUGCGGUGCACAUAUCUCUUCCCAAAUCAGUGGGAUAAUUCCUGUGUUUACAGCUAAAUUAUGAUUAAAAGCUUCAAUGCAUCAAGAUGGUUAAGAUGUGUUAAGGCCCAGAGGUCUCAGGCCCACUGAGAACUGGGUGCCUGGUGGUGUGACCUGCUGCAGUCUGGUGGUGUGACCAGGAGGGACCCCUCGCUGAGUGCUGGCACUCCUUAAAAAUCCAACAACUGGGAAAUGACGAAUGUGAGGAACAGACUGCAGGACUGGACAUUCAAUGUCUGUGCAGCACUUUGAAUGCAGAAGUCACCACAAUGACCCCCAUCUCUUAUACUGUGCUUUUUACUCAUAGCCAUGUAAGACCCUAAACAAGGAGACGUAAAUUAUUGACCAGAGAAUGGCCCACCGAAGCCCAAUCUUCCCAACUCUUGCCCCUUCUGAAAGACGGGUCCGAAACAUCCCUCUGCACAGCCAGGCCCUGACAGCGGUGCCGCUGGCAUCCGCCAGCCUGGUGGAUCAGCUGGAGGACAGAAUCCUGAGCCAUGAGAAAACAACGGCAGCUCUUGUGGAGCACGCUUUUCGCAUUAAGGAGGACAUUGUUUCCACGCUGCACAGAAUGCAGAACAAAGGGGGGGGUGACCGGUUGGCAAGGCAACUCCUGGAGGAGCACAUCCGAAACAUAACUGCGAUAGUGAGGCAGCUCAACCGGGACAUCGAGAUGCUGCAAGAACAGAUACGUGUCAGAGACAAUCUCAGCUAUGGAACAAAUUCUACCCUGAAGAGCCUUGAAAUGCGGCAGCUUUCUGGCCUAGGAGAUCUUCGGGGAAGAGUUGCAAGGUGUGAUGCUGGGUUAGCCAGGCUGUCUGCAGAGCAUAAAAUUACAUAUGAAAGACUUCAGAGUCUAAGUAAAGACCAACACACCUCCAAGCUGAUCUUAGAAUCUAAAAUCAAAGAGGCAGAAAUACAGAUUUCUCAUCUGCUGAGCAGAGUAGAGCAAUCGAUAAUGCAACAAGAAGCAAAGCUGAAGAUUGCCUACAAAGAGAGCAACCAACAACUGCAAGUUCUGGACACAAAAUUAAAAGAUGCUGUUGAGGAGCUCAGCAAUCAGAUUUUGUCUGCACGGAGCUGGUUGGAACAGGAACACGGAAGGACUGAGAAAGAACUUGUACAAAAAAUUGACCAACUCUCACUGACUUUUAAGGAAAGCACUGAAAUGAGUGAGAGAGGUAUUGAGAUGAAAUUCAACCAAAUGGCAGAGAAAAUUGAGAGAAUAGAAGAAAUGCAGAAGAUAACCAUGGAGGCACAUGAAGCAAAACAGUCUGAAGAAAAGCUAAAUAUUCGCAUUGUCAAACUUCAAAAUGAGAUAAAUGAAGAUAUAAAAGAAAUGAAAGCUGAAGUCAAUGCUGGGUUUGCAGCUAUCUAUGAGAGCAUUGGCUCCCUACGGCAAGUUCUAGAAGCAAAAAUGAAGCUGGACAGAGAUGAACUACAGAAGCAGAUCCACCAAAUGAAGCAGGAGGUUCCAAGAUGGGGAGAAGCUGGACCAUGACUGCAAGAUUUUGUCUGAGAGAUUAGCGUUUACCUGGCUAACUAGGCAAACUCUAGUGUUGUUCCAGUCUGUAAUGCCAAUUACCUGCAUGUACCAAAUGACAUGCUGCUGCUGCUGCUGCUGCUGCUGCUGCUGCUGCUGCUGCUGCUGCUGCUGCACAGGGAUUUGCUCACAGCAGUAAAUACAAGCUGUUCUUGGAUCACUGGCAAUGAGCCUGUGGAGCUGAGGUGCUGCUUUGCCACUGCACUACUCCAGUUGCUGUCAGGAAAUUUAGCACUGUGUAAAACUGGAGUAAUACACUGGUGAAGCUGGCACCUAGUUUGCUAAAGGCAUUCCAGUUUUGCAGGCUUGAUCAGGCAGCUAUUUGCUUUUAUAUGCACCUGCACCCCUCCACCUUAAAAAAAAGAAAAAGGUAAGUUGCUAUCAUUUGCUUCAUAUGAAUUUGGCAAGGUUCUCCACCUUGAUACAAAUUACUUAGUUGAAAUCAAUGGACAUUUUUACAGCGACUUUCUCUACUAUUGACUUCCUGGGAAGACAGAAUUGGCACUAAACAGACCAAUCUUCAAAAUAAGACAACAUCCGAAAAUCUUUGUUUAGGUUUGCAAAUAUUCUGUGUGUGAAAAGUAGGUAGUGUUAUAUAAUGUAGUUGUAGACUUAGAUGAUUCAUAAACAACAUAAGAAACAACUUACAUGGUCUUAAGUAUUGUAACCUUUUAAAAUUAAUAACCAAGGGGAGUUGACACAAGGUAAAGGAUGUAUAUAAGGUAUUUUUUACUAGGCAUGUGUUCCUAUGACUUGCUUCAAUAUAUUGAUAAAAACUUAGAGUGGUUUGAAAGCUAAAGAGAAGGUGAUAAUCUAACCUA